AUGAGCGACAGAGGGUAUCAAGACUCUAGCAAGGUGUCAGAUGCCAAGGCACUGCAACUGUUGUUCAAAUCCAAGACCGGGGCCAAGAGUCAAAGCAACAUCCCCAAGAAACGAGCAGGCCCAUCAAUGCAAGCUGCGCGCCCAGCACCUGCGCGCCCAUCACAUGUACCCCCAAGCGGUUCUACUACUCCGUCAACAACAGAUCGGUUCUAUACGCCUACCCUUCUACCUAACCCUCUUGAUCGGAAAGCUGGAGCUAUUCUGGGCUCGUCAGCUUCUGAUUUUCUUGGUCGAAGAGAUGUAACUCCGAAGCUGUCUUCCAAUCUUGUCCAGGGUCAAGACCAUAAAGGGAAGUCCGAGGUUCCAUCCACUCCAUCUACUGUUCCUAAGGCACAGGAGGUGUCACCCAGUCCCGCUCAGAAAGAAAGCGAGAAGCCCGUGGUAAAGCUUCCGUCUACUUUGGCCGCGAUUCCGGAGGCUACCAAGCAAGAUUGCAACUCUAUUCAGGAGGCCGAGGCUCACGCCACAUCUAUCAAUCCUCCCACGGUUUCUAAGACCCCUGAAAGAGUCAACAAUCUUGAUCUCCCCUGUGGCUUCGCCACUGAUUCAGGUCAAACUUCUAUCAAAGCUUCGACAGCAGGAACAGCAGCUGGUCAUCCAAAGACGCCAGCUCAGACUAUCAAUCCUUCCGGUAAAGAGUUGAAGAAGAAGACUCUUUUGGAGCUAUUCCAAAACCAAAAAUCAGACGAUGAAUCGGACUGCGGCAUUUCUGAUUGCCAAGCUAAGAAGGCAGCUACACAUGACUCCAAGACCGCCGAACCUUUGAAGUACUCGCCCGACAAACUUCUGGAACUGAAGGCAAAUGCAAAGACGGGGGUUAUUCCCCCUGACUGCAUAGCCAAGCGUCACUAUAACAGCCAGAAAGCGGGCAUUGCUACCACAUACAAAUCGGCUGCCAGUUUCAUUGCUCAUUCGAAUACCUCUGGAUCUGGAUCUCAGGUUGGGAUGACUGAGUCUACUGUUCCUCGUCCCGCUGCUCCGCAAACUUCCCCACAGCAGGCUAAGAUCGACUCUAACCAAGCUCCCACUGUGACCACUGCCCAACCUGCACAGGUGGAAUGUCUUAUUAACUUUGAGGAAGGCCAGGUUGAGCUUAAACCUGGGGCUGCAGAUAAGGUACCUGGAACUGACUCUCUCCAUCAUCAACGCUGGAUGUCUGGCCAUACGUAUGAUGAUCUUGUUGAUCUGCAAACAUCUUCGGAGCAUACUAAGAUUGACUCUAUUCAAGCCCCCACCGAGGCCAAAUCCGAAUAUGUGCAGGCCGAAGAUCCAGUUGCCUGUAAGGAAUUUCGAGGUCCAGAAGAGCCUCAUGGGCUUCGCCCGCAGGCACCUGGUUUUGUGUCCAGAUUGCACGCGCCGCCAGCCAUUUCCAUGCCAGACCAGUAUGCGACUCCAUCGCCAAUUGAUUUGGGCGGUAGUGAGGCCUCGCAGCAUGCCUUGACAAAGACACUCGUCCCUGCUGACCAAUUCAUGGUCACCGCGAUUCCAGUUGCCACUCAUGCCAAUGGCUUCCGGAUCACCGGCCCUCCCACCAGUCAAAUCAUGCCCAGGUCACCUAUCAAUGACACCUUCUCAACCGAGCUGCCCCUGCGCACUGCUGGCGAUAACGAGGAGGUAGCUCGUGCCCCGAGAAAGCCCACUAAGGGUCUCGGUGCAUCCAUGUGGGCUAAGUAA